UCUCGGGCUUCCGUUAAAUGGUUUUGGGCGUGUGAGCUCAUAAUAAGUACCAGACCAGACACCUUCCGGAGUGACAUUUUAAACCUCUGGUAAAACAGUUCAUCCCCUGGGCCGCAUUUUUGUCCAUACUUGCUCCCGAUGAAGUUCGUUGGCGUUUUCUCAAUUUAGAGAACUGGAAGGUAACAUUAAAAAUGCUAUAUCGUCGUACGGGAUAUUAUGUUAUGCUUCGAAUAAUGCAUCCGAAGGGCGCGGUCACGUGAUUGAAGGGCGCGACUGUGAAGAUGUGAAGCGACCGGAAGCGACGCGGCUUCCACAUCAAUUGGUUCUCGAGAUAAGACAACCAUUUUGGUACCUGACGGUGAUUGCAAGGAAUAGCUCGUGAUGCUCUUAUAAAAUGAGUACUACCCAGAUCUCUUUUUCUUCGACUUUUUUGCUGUAAAAAACCUCAAAGUUCUCCAGAAAUAAUUGAGCAAAAUACGCGACAAUGGACGAAAUCACAGCCACUAAGUCUAAGACAGCAGACGCUAAGCCCCCAACUACUCCAGUAGAAUUAGCGGAGCAACCCCCUAACGACCAAACCAUCCAGCAGCCCCUCGAUGUGCUAGAAACCCCGCCAAUCCGCACCAAGCUGCGCAUCUAUUCUAUCUUAGUCUCGCUCUAUCUCGUCCUCUUCAUAGCAGCCCUAGACCAAACCAUAGUCGCAACAUCCAUUCCCACCAUCUCCGCCUCCCUCCACUCCGCCUCAGGCUACAUCUGGAUCGGCGGCGCCUACCUCCUCGCCAACGCGGCCGCGGGUCCCAUCUGGGCCAAAUGCAGCGACAUAUGGGGCCGUAAGCCCGCGCUCCUCAGCGCGGUCGGCAUCUUCGCCGUCGCCAGCGUAAUCGCCGCCCUCAGCUCCUCCAUGCAAAUGCUUAUCGCCGCGCGCGCGCUCCAAGGCGCCGCCGGCGGUGCCCUGAUGCAGCUCGUGACGAUCACGAUCUCCGACCUCUUCAGCAUGCGCCGCCGCUCGCUGUACUUCGGGCUGCUGGGCCUGAUGUGGGCUAUCGCGGCGUCGGCUGGCCCGCUUGUUGGCGGCGCGUUGACCGAGCUCGCGAGCUGGAGGUGGUGUUUUUGGAUUAAUAUCCCCGUGUGCGCGGUCGCGUUCGUGCUGCUGCUGCUGCUUCUGGAUGUGCAUAAUCCGCGCACGAAGCUGGGCGAGGGGAUUCGCGCUAUUGAUUGGUUCGGCACGCUGUCUAUUCUCGCGGUCACUAUUCUGCUGCUUCUGGGUUUGGAUUUCGGUGGUGCGAUAUUUCCCUGGAAUAGUCCGAAGGUCAUAUGUUUGAUUGUCUUUGGGGCGGCUAUGAUUGGCUUCUUCCUGUUUUGCGAGAAGAGGCUUGCUAAGUAUCCCUUGAUGCCGCUGGGCAUUUUCAAGAAUUGGUCUAAUAAUGCGACUUUUGUUCUGGCGUUCAUGCAUAGCAUGGUGUCUAUCGGUGUGGAAUACUACCUCCCGCUGUAUUUUCAAAGCGUGAAGCAAGCUUCACCUUUUCACAGCGGUUUGUUGAUCAUACCUAUGAUGAUAACCGAAGCGGCCGUGGAUAUUUCGGUUGGUAUCUUGAUCCAUCGAACUGGCCACUAUAGGGAAAUAAUAUGGGCUGGGACAAUGCUCAUGACCUUGGGGACAGGGUUAUACAUCACCUUUGGCACCAAUACAUCUACUGCUAAAAUCAUUGGACUUGAAAUAGUUGGCGGUCUCGGCCCCGCGCUUUUGUUCCAAGCUCCCAUGCUCGCCAUCCAAAAUACAGUCAGUCAAGCCGACACAGCAGCAACUACAGCGGCCUUGGGAUUUGUCCGCAAUAUAGCGACAGCACUAUCCAUUGUGCUUGGUGGGGUGGUGUUCCAGAAUAGCAUGGUUUCCCGUCAAUCAUCUCUCGCAGCCGCUGGUCUUGCCGAGUCUGUUCUCAACGCUUUAUCGGGCGACCAAGCAGCAGCGAAUGUAGAAAUCGUCCAAACUAUCCAGGAUGCCUCUCAGCGCUUAGCUGUACAAGACGCCUUUGCCGGAAGCAUCAGGAACAUGUUUAUCAUGUACACUGGCGUGGCUGGUGUUGCGAUGGUUGCGAGCGUUUUCAUCAAGCAUCGACGUCUAAGCACCGAGCAUACGGAGACGAAGACGGGAAUACAGGAGCUGACACAGCGAGAGGCUUGAGGGUCGAAUAGAGGGUCGAACACAGCGCGGAAUAACUAAUUAUGAAAACUACCUAUGUCCUAUCUCCAUAAGCCAAUACGAUGGCAAGGUUUAGCAGCAACAUCGAGGCAAAAGUGAAAUAUGCCUCCGAAUUUCGCUAAAUCCAUCCAUUGACGCCGUGUGCGAUUCAUCGAGUUGGAUAUUCUGCACUAUUACUUCGUGGAAUUUCCCCGCCAUCCUUCUCCCUUGCCCAAAUUAUCCGUAUAUUCAUCGCCAUACAUGUACGGCCGCGUCCCUAAUUCUUGUCGGCAUUCAAAGAUAUAAGCCGCCUGGAGUUGUUCCCAGUUCCCAAAAUAGUUGUUGUUGAAUAGCUCCUGGCGACGCGUGAUAUACCGUACCAUAGCUUUCGGUGAUACAUUCCAUAAUUCUGCGGUCCUGAACUCGUGCCACUGUGCGUCAACGCGUUGCCUGGCUUGCCUCUCUUCACAAGGGAUACAUGGUAUAGUGAGCAUCACAGCAUCUGUAAAGUCGUAAGUGGCUGUGAAGUCUCGACCUUGUGGGUGGCAAUACACCGGUAACAGCUCGGACCCUCGAGAAACGGCCAACGGACAGGCCUUGACAGGCCGCGGUACCGUAACAUUCAGGUUUUCAUGGUAACAAUUGAAAUA